GUUCAUGAAAUGCAAAAUGAGCUCCCAAACCAUAGUCAAAAUAAGUUCUCAUUGUCAAAAUUUAUUGUCAUUUCGGGAAGCAGGUAAAGGAGUUAGUCAAACUCUUCUUCGCCCUUCGGUUCAUCGGUUGUCCUCACCACCGUCUCUCUGUUCAUCCACGUUCGCAUCUGCUAUUCAGCUGGCAUCUCCAUCUUCAUCUCCCCAGUCAGGCAAUCAUACACAGUACAUAUAUGAUACGGAGUAUAUACAUAUUCACUCACACGCUGAGACAUAUGCUUUUGGAGAGGUUGAAUGUGUCAAUGUGGAGAAAGAGGAUGUGCUAGAAUUUGAGGAUUUAGGGUUUUCAAUUGAGGGAUGCCGCUGAGCCGGUACAAGAUACGUAAUGAGUUCAGCUUGGCUGAUCCCGAGCUGUACAGGUCCGCCGAUAAAGAUGACCCCGAGUUUCUCCUUGAAGGCGUCGCCAUGGCUGGACUUGUCGGGGUCUUGCGCCAGCUCGGUGACCUUGCUGAGUUUGCUGCCGAAAUAUUCCAUGAUUUGCAUGAAGAGGUUCUGGCAACUGCUGCAAGAGGCCAUAAUCUGUCAAUCCGGGUGCAGCAGCUUGAGGCUGAUUUCCCGUCAAUUGAGAAGGCACUUCUUUCACAGACCAACCACUCUUUAUUCUUCUAUAGUCCUGGCACAGAUUGGCACCCUAAUAUCCAUAUGGAGCAAAAUUUGGUUACUCAGGGUGAUUUGCCAAGAUUUGUGAUGGAUUCUUAUGAAGAGUGCAGGGGUCCACCUCGCUUAUUUCUUCUAGACAAGUUCGAUAUAGCUGGUGCAGGAGCAUGUCUAAAACGCUAUACUGAUCCUUCUUUCUUUAAGGAGGGAGCUUCAUCCUUUGAAAUGACACAUUCAGAUUUUCAUAGGGAAAAGAGAACUCGCAAGGCUAAGCAGAAGAAAGGACCACGCGGAAGGAAUGGUGAAGCCCCUGAGGCAUUACCCACUUCACAUGCCAAGCAGAAGCUGCAUCAGUUAUUCAUGGAGGAGGAGCGUUUUGAAAAUGGGAAUAAUAACUCUGUACGCCGUGUGAAAUUAAAAAGAAGGCUUAAUGGAUUUCCUUUUGACUCAAAAACUGGGAAAAGCUACAUGGAGAAGUUUUCAAGUACUCCUUCUCCAGAGCAUAAAGUUGUUGAUGAAGCCUCUUUAGAUUCAUUACACUUGAAGCUGGCAUCAAGUAGUGCGUAUCAAACUAAACUUGAUUAUAUUGGAACCAGAAAGGCAAGUGGCGAUGAAGAGGCCACACACUCACAUAUAACCCCAUCACAAUCUCCAUCUCCACCACUAAGUGAAGAUAAUGAUGCACUAAAACAACUAAACAAUGCUUCGUAUGAGGCGGUAACUGAUGAUGGAGUUCUAGCUACUUCUACCUUAAGAAGCCAUACUUUUGAACAAGGUGACAACUUGUCAACUUUUCGUAAACUGGCCACUCGAAAUGAAAUGUAUACCGAUAGAGGAGAGCGCACAAAUUGUUACCACUCUGAUGAUGCUGGCAGUGAGAUAGAGAAUUAUGUAGAUGCCCUUGCUAGCAUGGAUUCAGAUUUGGAUACAGGCUUCGAGUUGAGAGCCAGAGCUCAUUCACGUGCUUUGGAUAGUGAAAAGCAUCUGACUACUCAUCAUGAUCAGAUUCGAACUCGAUCUUCUGAUUCUCAAUCAAUGGGCAAGUCCACUUUGUCGGAUGAUGCAAAUAGUGUUUUGAAAGUAGAAGAAUCUAGCUUUUCUUCUGGUUCAUCUAGAACUUCUCAUAUAACUAUUGCACCUUCGGAAUCUCAUGCUGGUAACAUGACUGAUAUCCGUGAGAUUCACAUGUGCUAUUCUCCGGUUGACCUGCGAUCUGAAGGUGAGCGAGUUGCAUCUCCCCAGCUUUCAGAACAUGCUUUUUAUGAUACAUCCACUGACCUGGUACCAUUGAGCACUUCACGUCUUCUAGAUUGCUCUGUGAAUCCAGGAAUAGCCAAGGGUGGAAAUGUCAUGAGAGAAGAUGCCUUGGUGAAACAAACUACUAGUGAAAAUUUAUCCCAUCUUGAUGAAGAUCAAUAUGAUUCCAUUGGUGUUGCAGAAACUGGAGCUACUCCACAUAGGACUGCUUCAGCUUCCAUAGAUUUUGACAGUUCAGGGCAGACAGUUGAUGAUUUGCCACCUAUAGCGUCUGGUGAAAAGCGGUUGCUAAGUGAGAUACAUACUGCAGAUCUUAAUGAGAAAUAUAACAUUGCUUGUUCAGCAAAUCAUUCUGAUGUUCCUUACGACAGUGGCGAUGAUUUUCCCGCUCAUUCACCUGUUAAUGUUCACAAUGGAGACUCAAGUAACAAUUUUUACAGUACAUCUAACCCGUUUACUCCUCAAAAGAGAGGCGAACUAUGGUCCACUGAAAAUAAAUAUUUGGAUAUGCUAGUUGGGGAGUUGCUAGGUUCAGAUGAGGAUACAAACUGUUUAAAUAAUCUCUCUCAUCGCUCUACUACAAACAAAGAUGGUUAUUUUCCUUCUUCAUCUGCCAUUAACUACUCAACUAAUGAAGUAAAUGGGGAUUGGAAUAUCGCCCAUGGUGCUUCAGUUCAUCUACCAAAUAUAAUGGAGGCUUCUUUAGAAGAGGAACAUGUCACACAUGAUUUUCAUAUUGCAUCCAAGGACGAAACUGCUAAAGAUAAUUGCUCAGGAAUUGGUGGUCACCUUUGUUCACCAAACUUGCCCAUGGUACAAACAGGAAAAGAGCCUCUUGAUUCAGCUUCAAAAAUUGAUACCACCAGUGUAAAGCUGGGCGAGACGUUGGUGUCUGAGGAAAAAAAUGCUGAAGGUACUUGCAGUACACUUGUAGAUGGUAACAUCAGUCCAGUUAAUAUUACCCCUGGUCCAAAUUUGACUGUUAGGAAGACCUCUUUACUAUCACCUGAUUCAACAAGUGGAGAGAACCCAGGUGCAUUAAAUGAAGUUGCCCAUACAAUAUCUUCUCUUAAUUCACAUGAGAUUGAUGUCUAUCAUCACUUUCAGCCUGAUGCACUCAUGUUGGAUCAUAAUAAGACCAGGCCUAUUCAGCAGCAAGAAAGUCCAAUUCAUUGUCCAUUGCCAAGGUUUUCAGCACAGGACAACCAUGAAGGUUCUUUGCAUCUGCCAGGCUAUGACAGUGUAAAAGGAAAUGUGCUGUUAACAUGUAAUCAAAUUGAAGAGCCCUUUGACUCUUCUUCCAAAAGUAUGAUCGAAAGCAUUCCAUCUCAACCUUCAGAGUUAAGUAUAUUUCCACAUGACAACCAUAAUAUUAAUCUCUUUGAACAGCAUACAAAUCCCUCAACUUGUAUACCACCUGGUGUUGGACUGCAACUUGGGGCUGAUCAAACCAAUCUUGAGCAAAUGCCUCCACUGCCUCCUCUACCUCCUGUUCAGUGGAGGAUGGGAAAGUCUCCGCGUGCUUCCCCUCGAGAGAGAGAGUUGACGCAAACCGAAACAGGUUUCUUUUCUAGCUUGCCAUCCAAGUUUGAUCAGGCAAUUGAACCUUUGGAAAAAUCACCAUUGUCAGCCAUAACAGAUGAAGCCCCACCCUUUGUUUAUCAAUAUGGUGCAGUGAGUCACGGUUCAUUCCCUUCGCCCAUGUCAAAUGAAGAGUUUGAUGAUAAUGGCAAAUACAAAAUUAAAUUCCCAACCAGAAUGCCGCCUGUAAACUCAUUCUCACAAGAUAUUCCUGUUGAUAAAGCUCGCACACUUUCCUUUGCGACGUCAUCUGAAGAACUUCUCCAGCCUGCUGAAGAGGUAAUAAAAGAUGCACAUUUGAAUGGGAAGGAGCUUGAAGAAGACAUGAAAAGUUCAGGAGAAGAGUUGGAAACAUAUCAUAGAUUGGGACCAUUGGUUAGUCCACAGGAUUCAGCUUCUGUAGGUUCUUCUCGAAAAUCGGACAAUGAUGGCUCUACAAGUUUGGAGGAGAGUACUGCCACAGACAAAGAAUCUAUGCAAGUAGUCCCUGAUCAUCCAGAGGUGGCCCAACCAGAGUUUCACUCAUCAACUGAGACAGGCUUGGAUGUACUGAAGCUUGACAAAGCAUCUGAAACUUUGGAGGAGAAUGUGUACAGACAUGAAACUGUAAUAUUGGAAAAUGAAUCAACUAAAGCUGAACAACAAGUAACACCUGAGAUAAACUUGAAGGAAUCAGAGUGUGAAAUUGGUUCAGUAAGGUUGGAGGAGAAACCGGUCAGAAACGCUACAUUACGCUCAGCGCUGGAGGCAAACUUCCGUAACCCGCUGUACAGGAAACCUAAUUUAGAAGGGGAUAUUAUAUGGCCAGCUGUAGAAGAUGUAGCGGUUAAUGAGAGCAAGAAAGUGAAGCUUCCUCGAACCCGAAGUCCUCUAAUUGACGCUGUAGCUGCACAUGACAAAAGCAAAAUGAAGAAAGUGGUUGAUAGAGAUAAGUCCCCAGUACAAAAGGCAGGGGAAAGAGAUACUCUUUUAGAAGAGAUAAGGAGCAAGUCGUUCAGUCUGAAGCCAACAGUGAUAACAAGGCCCACUGUUCAGUUUCCUCAAACCAAUCUGAAAGUUGCUGCCAUUUUAGAGAGAGCAAAAACGAUUCGCCAGGCUUUUGCUGGAAGUGAUGAAGAUGAUGAGGAGGAGGAUUCUUGGGAUUAAAUAAUUCAAGAAAACUCUCUGAAUUUAAGCCUCUCAAGUUUCAACCCACACAUUCAAAGAUUCUUAAAGUUUCUUACCACGUUUUGGUAGCAGCCAUGGCUCCCUUUUCCAACUUCGCCCCUGUAAUAUACAUACCCCUAUAUAGCAUGUAAUCAGUUAGGGUUCCGAUAUUCUUCAAUAUCCCUGGAGUUAAUUGGGGAAAUAUAUAUAUAUAUAUAUAUAUAUAUAAUAUACUUGAUGUUAUGACGUAUGAGGUCAGCAUGCAAGCACGAUGUUAUUCAUUACUUUGUAAAUUUUUAAGCAGUCAUUUAUUGCAACAGUUUUGUGGUUUACAGAUCCACACACAUUUGUAUAAAAGAGACUCUGGAAUUAAUGAAACACCAAGGAAUG